AUGGGCCAGUUGAGCUGGGAAGCACUGCUCGCGACAGAACUAGCCGUCAGCGAGUGGCAUCGACCAGGCCAACCAGACCAGAGGUCAAACCAUGCAGGAGCGUAUCGCAGGAACUAUUCGAACAAGCUGCAGGUAGGAGACCGGCGCAAGCGCCUACUCACUACAUGCGACCUGAGACGACAAGCAUACCGAGCAGAGCAGUACAAGGGGUUCUCGAGGCGGUUCGACCGCCAGAUUAAUCGGUACCGGACAUUCAGUCAUAGACAAAAAGAGAGACCAACGGACAGAAGCCGCGCAAGCACGGCUCCGCAAUCCAAGGCACUUGUCGAAGGGGUGUCGUUAUAUCGCGAGCCAACAACGGUCGGGUUCGCACGGCUCCAGGUGUGCGCCCAACGCCUUCGCGUCCGCAAGGGGGGGGAUUAA